GUCUCUGUACGCUUGUUAUGUUAACCACACCGAGCAAAUGCACACACCUACGUACGCAGCGGUCCUCUGUCCAUCGUCUGUUCUGUCUGUCUGUCUGUCUGUCUGUCGCCCUUGUUGCUCGCAAGCCCUCGUCGGGCUUGCCUUGCCUGCCUCUCCCACGUACCUAUAGGUACCCUCUACACAAGCGACCCGUCGUUCCCCCGUUCCCCCACCACCACAGACAGACAGACAGACAGAGAGACUCAUCCAUGGCAGCAACAUGAGCGUUAUAUUGCGGCAACACGUGCCCGCAGAGAAAUACAGCACCAACACAACACAACACCACCGUCAAUGACAUCAUGUACACACCAUACACACACACACACACGGCACUUGAAAGGAGCAAGUAACACGACACGCAAAAUUGCCCCUCCCUUCCUUCCUGCCUAACUGCCUUUGCCCCAUCAAUCCCAUCCAGUGUCCUUGAAAACGUGUAAUUCGCCUCCUGGCUGGCUGGCUGGCUGGCUGACACGCCUGACACGGCCGGCCAGCCAGCAAGUACCUUUCCCCGUGUGCUGUGCUGUGGGACGGCCCCACAGUGGGUCACAUCUGGACUCCUGUCUGUCAUGCAGUCGCCACACCACAUGUAGCACGACACGGCGCUCUAUCCAUCCUUCCAUCGAUCAUUCAGUCGUGCACACUUACAGGCAGGCAGGCAGGCAGGCAGCCCUUUGGGACAGCACCUCACUCACAGCAGCAAGACAAGCACACACACCACACAGCCACAGCCCCCCCUCCGUCCGGCCCGGCCAGCCAGCCGCAUCCCCCGCUCGCUGGAGGAAAAGAGACAGACAGGCAGUGCCCCCCUCCCGCCCCCCAUAGGCAAAAGCCAAGGUACGCCCAUGCAUAUAGUUCUGUGGAUCGGAUCGCCCACGCCACGCACAGCUAUGAGACACCACACCACACCAUACCACACCACACCACACCCACCGACAUCCCUCCCUGUUGUGUGUGGUCGGUCGGUCGUCACUCGGCUCGCUGGAAUUGGGUGAAAAGGAACAGCGCCUGGAUGGUGCGCUUGUGGUCGGACGCCCACAGGGCCAGGCUGACGAACAGGACAAUGGGCAGCAGCACAUAGAGGGCCUUGACAAAGAGGAACAGGGGCGGCAGCAGGAACACCAUCGGCAACAGGAUGACCACCAGAGGCUCCACCAUCGAACGCGCACGCUCGUCGCGACGCUGACCGACCAAACGACAUCCCAACCAUAUAAGCACCGCACACAAUGCAUUCGUUCAGCCAAAGAAAGAAGAGGUCACCACGCCUCCAACAACUCACCUGCUGCUGUAUGCGCAGUUCGCUGUCGUCCGUCUGGGCAUCGUCGGCCAGCCCCAGCCCCCCCAGCGACUGAGAUGACGUCCCAUUGCCGGUGGCCCCGCUGCUCGACCGCUCGCUACCUGAUAUCGACCCGCUCGACCCCCCUCCACUGAGCAUGCUCAGCCGACCGCUGCUGCCCUCCGCCUGCCCACGACCAGCCAGCCGCCCAGACGACGGAUGGCGCCCCACACAGCACGAAUCAUGCCCUGCGUGUGGUGCCGUGGCUGUUGUUGCGUCAUGGAGGGAGGGGAAUGACCGGCGCGUGUAGGGGAGCUGUUUGCUGGUGGCCGUGAGUGUGGGCGGUGGGGAGGGGGUGUAGGAACGGGAGUGCUGGAUGUCGCAGAGGUCGUCGUCGUCCAGGAAGAAGGCACGGCCCUCUCGGUGGUCGGCAGGAUGCAUGCCGAGGCCACCGUGUGUAUGUGUAUGGGUGUGCAAGGGGUGGGGACGAGAGGCGUGGCUGUGGGGGUCUCGAUGCAUCACCGUACGGGCAUCCACACGUGUGAGGUGUCGCGUGGCGGCCCCAUUGUUGCUGCUGCUGCCGGUGGUGCCGCUGCCGCUCUCAUUGCCCGUCGUCAUGCGGCUGCCCGAUGUCAGCUCCUGGCUGCUCAGGUCACCAUAUCCUCCCGUACGAUGUCCGUCGCCGUUGCUGCACACAUAACCAGCCAGCCACAGCCCAACCGAUAUCCCAAUGGACGACGACCUUGCUCCUUGUGCUUGUGCUGCACUCACUUUCUCACUCACCUUCCCGAAAAUCUCGUUUCUUUCCCAGACGUGUUGGAGUCGCUUUCUGACCGGUCAGCCAAGGCAGCCUCGCCAUUUGUCAGCACAGUAACACCAUUCCGGCCGGCCGAGCUGACAGGUGCUCCGUCAUUGUCACCGCCUUGCUGAUGGUGCGAAAGUAACGGAGCUGGCGCCUCUUGUGCACUGGGGAGGGCGCCGCUGUCGUCUGGUGGAGAGAGGGAUGCCUGCGAAUGUGUGGCGUCUGGCUGUGAUGACUUGUGGUCCGCGGCUGCAGGUCGCCCGCUGCGUCGCCGGCGCUUCGGUGACAUGGGUGAGGGUAGCUGACGAGGGUGGCAGCGGUAUAGGGGCCGAGUCGAGAAGAAGAGGAUAUGAGAUCACAUGGCACAGACAGUCUUCGCGGCUGGUCUUCUUCUUCAGAAUCUUCUUCUUGGCCGCGUUGUUGGAGCUCUGUGUGCCG